AUGGCACCCUCGCCCAAGCAGACAGAAAGGUCGCCACUCCUCGUAACCGUGACCGAGAACGAUGAUCCCGAACGAAAUGCAAAUGAUGCCAUCCAAGAGAGCCGUGAGAGCUCCCAGGGCGAAAAGAAGACCCCGAACAUGCUAAUCAUCUUUCCCGCCAUCACCAUAGGUAUCUUCCUCGCCGCAGCAGACAGCACAAUUGCCCUGGUCAGCUACGCGACCAUCUCAAGCGAGCUGGAUGCUCUGAAUCUGGCAUCAUGGAUCAUGACCGCCUACGCCCUCACGCUCGCCUCAAUCCAGCCGCUCUACGGCAAGCUGUGUGACAUAUUCGGCCGGAAAGAGUGCCUCCUGGCCGCCUACGUGCUCUUCGCUCUCGGGUGCCUAGUCUGCGGCUUCGCACGCUCGAUUGAGGAGCUGAUUGCCGCCCGCGUGCUCCAGGCAGCGGGUGGUGCUGGUCUGGGCACCGUCGUCUCCAUCCUGCUGACCGGCCUGGUGCCGCUCGAAGACCGCGGCGUCUGGCAGGCCGUCGUGAGCGUGGUGUACUCGCUCGGGGCGGGCCUGGGCGCCCCCCUCGGAGGCCUGUUGACCGCGUCCGUGGGCUGGCGAUGGGCAUUUUUCGGGCAAGUUCCCCUUUGUGUGAUUGCCAUUGCGGUGAUCAGCGUCUGCCUCGAUGGCGACAUUGGCCGCCCCGUGGACUCUGGGGAGAGGGGUGCCGAGGAUAUGCUGGCCAAGCUGAGAAGGGUUGAUUUUCUCGGCUCGAUCAGCCUGAUCGUCAUGAUUGCGUCCUUCAUGUUUGGGCUGGACCGGGGAAGCAACGUCUCGUGGGCUGUGCCAGAGACAUAUGGGUCGUUUCUCCUCUCGGGUCUCGCUGCUCUUUGGUUCUUCUAUGUUGAGAUGCGCGUCGCUCGGGAGCCAAUCCUGCCCAUUGCAUCUACGUUUAGCGCCGAGCUCCUCCCCAUUUACUCGUCGGCCUUCCUUGUCUUCUUUGCCAUUGUUGCGCUGGAUUUCGUGCUGCCGCUGUACUACCAGGUCAAGGACCAGCUUGGCCCUCAGCAAGCGUCCCUCUACAUGCUGCCGGCCAUUGUGGGAGGCGUCGUGAGCUCCGUGCUGACUGGCUUUUGGAUGCGGCACACAGGGCAGUACUACUGGGCGUUGAUGCUCGUCUCAGUGCUGCAAAUCACCGGAGGCAUUUUCGCCUAUCUUUGGUCUGGGCCCGCCGGCGAGUCUACGUCAGGUCUAAUCAUCGCUCAAGCUGUGGCCGAGUUUGGAAUAGGGAACUCGGUCGUUUCUGGACUCAUUGCUCUCAUAUCUAAUGGCCCAUCUACUAAUAUUGCCGUCAUGACGGCCAUGUACUUUGCCUUCCGGAACCUCGGGUCAGUUCUGGGCGUCUCAGUCGUGUCCACGGUCAUCCAGCAGACUCUCCGCGACAUCUUGACCGUGGAGCUCCAAAAGUACGACAAUCUCGACGUCGGUAAGAUUGUGGACGAGGUCAGGAAGAGCCUCGAGUCGCUCCAGACUCUAGAUCCCGAGAUUGCGGCUCUUGUCCGGCGCAGCUACGGGCAGGCAAUGAACAAGGGAUUUUUGCUGAUACUUGUCGUCUCUGUUGCCGCUGCAAUCCCGGCAUUGAAAAUACGCGGCGGGAAGAAGAGGAGAAGCCCUUGA